CGGCGUGCACACAGAACACACAGAGAUAGACAGCUUUCAAGUUUCCAACUCCCAACCAAUGCAAACACAAAAACACAAGGACCAGUCAUUAACAAUAAGAGAAAAUAGACCCAGGAAAGUACAAAACCGCUUCUUCACAUCUAGAGAAUGGAUGUUUACUAGAAGGAAUAACAUGAGCCUGCAGCCUCCUAACGUAAGCUCCAAGUUGACAUCUGUGCAAACCAUCUCCUGAGAAGUACCGUAGCCUCUUUGGGAGAGAUGGAGAAGGCAGGACAAUCCACCAAGGAGUAUGUGCUGGUGGAAUAUGAGUUUGAAUACACUGCGAGGGACGGCAGCUUCAUAACAAUCAAACCCAAUGAACGGUACAUCCUCCUGUCGAGAACGAACGACAACUGGUGGCACGUUAGAAAAGAUGAAAACACCAAAGCCUUUUACAUCCCGGCCAAGUACGUGAAAGAGCUACCAUCCAAAAUACCAUCUGUGUUGGAUUUCCACCCCGCCAAUGUUGACUCUGACAUCAAGAAAGACCCCUCCUUCAGUUUGAUGAGUGACAAGCCAACUGACGCAAGAGUCCAGUUGCCUUCUAACUUGAACUAUAAGAAAAAUGAGUACCGUUUAUCCACGUUUGGUGUCCCGAUGGAAAUACAUGAUUCAGUUUAUAAACGUACAGCAUCAGAAUCUUUGAUUGCCCUAAAACCGAUUCCAGCAGAAAUCAACACAUCACCAUGCCCAAAAGAUACUGCACCUCAAGCAGCCAACCAGAAGCAUUUAAAAAGAUACAGCCUGGAGCCUGGCUUCUUGUUAGGUCCCAGAGGAACUGUGGAUGAAUUGCCUUCACAUAAUUUAAAGGUAAAAGCAGAGUACACAGUGGGACUUAAUACAGCACCCUGCUUAAGCCCAGCUAAUCCUGUCCGGCCACAGUCCAUGGGGGACAUUUUAAGUGGAACGCGUGAGUCUGUAUCUAACAUGCACAAAGAAAACCAACCACCCUCAGUUAUAUCUAGACCUGGAAGACAGCGUGCAAGCUCUGAAAGGACAUACGACGAGACUGAAAAUGUGUAUGAGUCUAUUCCAGAUAUAAUGAUACCAAAAGAUACCCCGGCAGAAAAGGGAACAGCAACCACUACACCAAAGCUUGUAAGCGAGAAUCCAGAUACCGCUGUGUAUGUGAAUGUUCCUGCGCUAAAACAAGAAGCUUCCUGGGUUUCUCCCACUCCUCAUCCCACAAAAAGACAUUUGUCUUCAGAGACUCAGGACUGGGAGGUGCAUACAGACCAGGGGAGUGGACAGGAGUUCUAUUACAACCCGGCCACCGGAGAGACAACCUGGGACAGCCCGUUCAGUGACCAGGAGGAGGCUACUGAGGACCAGGACCAGCCCCCCCCCUCUCCCACUGUGAGCCCCCACUGCAGCACGGAAUGGGAACAGCACCUUGACGAGACCAGCGGCCAGUACUACUUCUACAACCCCCAAUCCGGAGAGACUUCUUGGGAGCCACCAGAGCAAGAGGAGCCGUCGUCGCUGCAUCACAUGGAGGCUGAAAACCAGCCGCAAAGCAGGCCCCCCCUUCCAGAAGAGGAUUAUCCUACAUUCUCUGAAGAGCAGGAUGGGGAGGUCUCUCCAAAUUUGUUAGUCGAAGACUAUUCCACAGUCAAGAGAGACCGGAUCCCCCGGGUGAAACUCGACACAGACACACCGGAGGGCUGGUCAUGUGAGAUAGACAAGGAUGGACAAAUGUGCUAUACAAGCAAUUGUACUCAAGAACAGUGGAUAAAGUCAAAGGAUGAUCAUGGACAGACCUACUUCUACAAGACAGAUGGAUCCAAAUCUCAGUGGACCUUACCUCAGCAGUCCCCUCGCCUCAACCAACCAAGAAUAGGGAACGGAUGUGGCUCAGAUGCCAACAUGCUGAUGAAGAACUGGCGGCACACGAUGGUGCCUCCAGUCUCACGUAUGGGGUCGUGGGACCAGGAGGACACUAAAUUUUUACCUACGCACAGAAGAAAUAUGUCGUCUGAUUUUGGAACAGAGGAUUCGAGUUACGGAAACUCUCUUGAAACCCCACAGCCUGCUGAUAGAAUUAGUCAUAGGAGAAAUGCCUCUGAUUUUAGUGCAGAGUUUGAGCUGGGGAACCCUGUGGACUUCCUUCAACCUCACUUAAAUCUGGAAAAGGCAGGCAUUCUUAACAAGACGAAGAUUGUUGAGAAUGGAAAACGACUCAGAAAAAACUGGAGUCAGUCAUGGACUGUUCUGCAUGGGGGAAUUCUAACCUUUUACAAAGAUCCCAAAUCUCAACAAACUGGGACCUUGAAGCAGUCUAAUCAGAUUGUCCCUGAGUAUACAGUAGAAUUACGAGGAGCAACGAUUGGCUGGGCAUCGAAAGAUAAAUCUAGCAAGAAGAACGUGUGUGAAUUGAAAACCCGUAAUGGCUCGGAAUACCUAGUACAGUACGACAAAGAAACUAUCAUCAGCGACUGGCAUAAAGUCAUAAUGGAGACCAUCAGGAAGCUGGGUCCAGAUCAUCCUUCGGAAGAUGAAGAAAGUGUGAACGAAUCCUUUGGCAGUGAGAAAUCCCCAAGCGCCACAGACAAAGACGAGAAAGACAAGAAGAACCGCUCCACAAGACAAAAUCUCUCCAGCACGCAAACAGACACAGAUCCAAAGAAGGUGCGCACUAAACUGAGGAAAUUUCUGCAGCGCCGCCCAACACUGCAGUCAGUCAGGGAAAAGGGGUACAUCAGAGAUCAAGUUUUUGGCUGUCACUUAGACACACUGUGUGAGAGGGAGAAUACAACAGUACCAGUCUUUGUGGAGAAAUGUAUCCAGACAGUAGAACAACGAGGUCUAGAUAUAGAUGGCAUUUAUCGCGUUAGUGGGAACUUGGCUGUCAUUCAGAAACUGCGCUUCAAAGUAGAUCAUGAGGAGAACCUGGAUUUGGAUGACGGCCUAUGGGAGGAUAUCCACGUUAUCACUGGAUCCCUAAAACUCUUCUUCCGUGAGCUGCCAGAGCCCCUCUUCCCUUUCACCCACUUUGAUAAUUUUAUUGCCGCAAUCAAAAUUGCUGACCAUAACCAGAAAAUAAACUACAUGAGGGAUUUGGUGAGAUCUCUUCCUCGGCCCAACCAUGACACCAUGAGUCUUCUCUUCCAGCAUUUACGCAAGGUGGUGGAGUACCGUGAUGAGAACCGCAUGUCUGUUCAAAGUGUGGCUAUCGUUUUUGGACCCACACUCCUGAAACCGGAAUCUGAAACCGGAAACAUUGCCAUGCACAUGGUCUUCCAGAAUCAGAUUGUGGAAUGCAUUCUCAACGACUAUGAGCACAUAUUUCAGGACAGCUGAGUCGGGACCAGGCGGAGUGUAAACUUGGAAAUCAAAACUCACUUUUCAUAAUAGAAGCAUAUAGGCGCAGGUACGCCGGAUGCUGUGUACGUUUGGUUUUUGUGUCUCCUCACAUUUUGCACAAAAUCCACUUCCACCACUUUGGGAAAUGCCAAAGCAGUUUAAAAGAAGCCUCUUGCAAUCCAAUUGUAUAGCUUUGAAAUUGUGGUGGUGUUGGGGUGUUGUUUAAGCUAAAUUAUUGUACAAAUGUUUCAUUCAAAGCUGCAUAAUGUGUCGGUGUAAGAAACAGCCUUCAAAAACCUGUUCCAUGUUAGCAGUAUUUCUCUAUUCAUGGUGAAACAAAAUGGCAUUCUAUAGUUCUACAAAAAUGUGAAUGUGGCUAGAGUUCGUUAAGUGAUUGUUCUUGGAAUACUGAACUUUUUUUUCUUUCAUGACUGCAUUGAACCACAGAACAGCCUUUUUUUUGUAUGUUCAUAUCAUAGGGUAAAGUGCAUUCGUGGCAUGGGGAAUGUAAUUUUUUUUUUGUUUUGUUGCUAAUUUUAGAAUAUUCUACAAAUAAUUUUGUUCUAUACAUAUUUCUCUUGACUUUACUUGCAAAAAAAAAAAAAAAAUCCAACCGUAACAUAUUUCAGCAUGUCCUGUACCUUCAUGAUAAGUUAUGGCAAAUCAACACACAAUGAUGGCAAUACAGUUACCCUUAUUGCUUCUGUUAAAACAACCAAAAUGCCACAAGAUGGAUCAGGUAAAGCAGUAACCAUUGACCUAUAAUCUCAUCUAGACACCCCUUAAACCUGCAAUGGAUUGCCUACAGUGGUUUUAAAGGUAUCAUAGCUAAUGCAAUAAACAAUUCUAUAAAUCCUAUCUGUCGAUCACUUCCAUUUUCUGUGUAGGUCUCAUAUGUGCAGUUAUGAAAGAAGCACAGAGACGGGCUACUUUUUAUAAGGACCUGUCGACCUGAUUAUAUUUGGCAUUGCCCUGAAUUAGAGAUUGAUUAGGUUGAUCAUGUCAUGUGAUCCCUGGAGCACUAUCAAGAUGCCAUAGUUUUACUCUCGCAUAAUUUUGAAUCAGGUCCACACAAUAAUGCUGCACUUGAUGGGGAUGGCUACUUUUAAGAACAUAAUGCACCCAACCACUGGGCCUGAAUUGUGCCCAGAUUGUUUGAGGAGCAUGACAGGCAUCUCCCAUGGACACCAGAAUCCUUGAAUUUUAAUCCAAUUGAGCAUGCUUGGAAUGAACUAGAACAAUGCAUUCCUCAUCAUGGUCCUCUUCUACCUCUCUGCACAAAUUGCCAAUAUUAAUUACUGAAUGGAUUAACAUCCCUGAAGAUGCCUUCCAGCACCUUGUGGACUCUGUCACAUUGUGUUAAUGCUGUGAUGAGCAAUGCCAUCUCACUUGCUGCAAAACAUGUUGUUCAUUAGGGGAAGCAGCUGGAUGGUUAAUGACAGGAAAAGAUGCAUUUUAAAUUCACAUUGCUGAGGUGAAAUGACUUAGGAAGUGCAGACUUUCUUUAACCUGCAUGGUGUCAAAUAGCAACUUUUAAACUUUAAGUAUAAAAAGUGCUUCUUUCAAAACUGCAUAUGCAAGACCUACAUAACGAAUGGAAUUAAAUGGCCAGUAAGAUUUUAAUGAAUUAUUUCACUAGCUAUUAUGCCUUUAUAAAAAGUGCAGUAUUCGAUCAAAAGACUGUAAAAGCAGGAAGGGGUAUGAGGUGGCACUGGAGGUAUUGGAAAGAGGUGAUGGGGUUAUAUUAUAAAGUAAUGUGGUUGUAAUAAUGGUAUGUUAUUAUAUAGGAAACAAGUUAUACCUUAAGCGUGUAUAGUAUUUGUUAUACCUUUUGAAGGAUUGGGAUUAGUCAGUGACCUCCUUGUUCUACCAAAUCUCAGUUUAAUACCAGCAAACUGCUUUUAGAAGUGUCUUAAUAAUGGCAAUAUCCACUGAAUGAUCAGUAUCUUGCAGUGGAACAGAAACAGUUCAGUGGGGAAUAAUCUUGAAUAAAUCAGAUGGCUGCCAAAUAAUGUCUGCAAGAACUAUCAAUCCAUUGUAUUUGGCUAAUGCUUGAGUCUUUGUUAAGUUAAUAAUAUUUUGAUUUCUUAUAUUCAAGAUGGUAACUCAGUGGGUUUGCAGAUGAAUAAAGUUACUUUUUUUUACCUUAAUAUAAUUUUUUAAAAAUCACACACGUGAUUAUGUUUUACAAUAUUCUGUAUGUAAAAUAAGCAUUUGCCUGCUAAUUCUAUACACUGUUUAUUAACAUGAAGCAAUGUUUGUUUGAACAUAAGCCCUUGAUAUGUAAUAACUUUAACGAAUGAUAUUAUGAGUAGAAUUCUGUAUAUUAUAUUUUUUUUAUUAUUUUUUUUUACUGCCAUUAUCUUAAAUAAUGUUUAAGGAAAAGUCCUCAGUAAUAUAAAAAUGUACAGUAUAUAUAUAUAAAAAAUAAAUGAGUGGGGAAAAGUAUAUGUUUUAUUUGCAAUAUUGUUAGACCUUGGUGGUUUCAUAUAUACAAACCCCUUUCUUAAUGUAAUAUAUUUGCAAGACUUAAAUAUAUAUAUUGAGCAAGUCAAUGCCCAACUGUAUAUUUCCAAUUGUUAGCAUUAAGGUUUAUCAAAGGUAGUGGCAAAUAUCCUAUUUGGUUUUGUGUAUAUAAAUAAGGCAAAAUAAUGAAAGUUUAUUAAAAUUAGUAUGAGUUUGUGCAUAUACAAUUUGUUCCUUAAAAUAAAGUAAGUUACAUUUUC